UAGCCAAGUCUGUUUUCAGCAAUACCCUCUGGUCCAGUGACCUGUUUGGAGUAAAAACAGAGUGACGUACACGUUUAUGUUGAGGAAGACAGGCCCAGUAUGUGAGCUGAGAGCUGGUCUGAACAUCCCUGUGGAAUAAAUGAAGAGACCCGCUGCCAAGGCUGAAGUUGCCCAACGGAAUGUUACCCCUGAUAAGUUGGUGAAGGCGGCAGUUCGUGUUUAGCAGCACUUUUCUGCAGCAAGCAUACUUCAUGUUGACUCCUGGGUAAAAAGUCGUGCAUUUUUUUUGUGUCCAUGUGCUGUGUUUUAUGGGGAGGCUUCAUUUGACUACAGAGGCAUGAGAGCGACUUCGCAUGUAGGCUACUCUGAGCGUCCUGUUAUGUAAUGUGCUUCUGCCGACUGCCCGCAUCCAAGACCUGCCUGGGCCUACACGAUCAAACAGGUGGUUUGUGGCAGGACCAGGCGGUGUACAGGGCUGACAUGCUGACUGUUUCUACAAACGACUGCUUAAAAACAGACGCACCUCUGAUGCCUCCGGCCCGCCUGAGCUCAUGGUGUGUGCUUGCGUGGAUGCACUAGUGGCCUGGCCAAAGAGCGCAGUGUUGCUACACACAACAAAGCCCACACAGGAUGUCAUGGGCCAGAGACCUCUUCAGAGGCAGAACGGAUGAGCGAAAGACCGCAUGGGGAGAGCGAAAUGGAAAAAAGAGGAAGGACAGCUCAUCACUUUGCAACCCACACUACAUGAGCUGCCUUAGGGACCCUGAAGACCUGGAGCCCCCUAAUGUGGCCUCUAAACAUUACAACUGCUCAGCAAGCAGCAGUGGGGGGAACUUUGGUGUGCGCUGUGGCUGGCAGGAGGACCACUAUGGGAAGAGGAUUGGUGGCGGUGGUGAUCUGGGUCUUAAGGCUGUGGACCUGGGCUUUGAUGAUGGUGAGCUGAAAGGCAGGAAAGACGAAGAGUCGGUGGAAUUAGCAGAGGGUGGCUGUAAGGUGAUGUCUGCCAUGGACUGCUGGAAGCGCUUCAUUUGGAUUUUCCAAUCCAAGAAAUUUCAAUCUGCCAAGCUGGAGCGUCUGUAUCAGCGCUACUUCUUCAGGCUCAACCAGAGCUCCCUGACCAAGCUAAUGGGGGUACUAGUGGUGGUGUGUGGAGUCAUCCUGGCUUUUCACUGCAUCUAUCCGACCCCUGAACCAAUCCUCGAUAAAGCCUACAUCUCUGUACUCUCUGUUGCCAUGGCUCUCUUCCUGGCGAUGAUGGUGGUGUGCAAUCGGAACGGCUUCCAUCAGGACUACAUGUGGAUCGUCAGCUACUUGGUGAUCGGGGUGCUUAUCGUGGUGCAGGUAUUUGGCGCGCGAAUAGUUCAACCCCCUAGUGCCUCAGAAGGUGUCUGGUGGACUGUUUUCUUCAUCUACAUUAUCUACACGCUGCUGCCGGUCAGGAUGAGAGCUGCCGUGGUGUGUGGAGCGGUGCUGUCCAUCAUACAUGUAGUGGCUGCCUUGCUGCGCAACCAGGACUACUCAUAUGCUUUUAGACAGAUCAGUGCCAACGUGCUGAUCUUCCUGUGCACUAACAUGAUCGGGAUCUGCACCCACUACCCUGCUGAGGUCUCCCAGAGACAAGCCUUCCAGGAGACCAGAGGAUAUAUCCAGGCCAGACUGCACCUGCAGAGGGAAAACCAGCAGCAGGAGCGCCUACUGCUGUCUGUGCUGCCAAGGCAUGUUGCCAUGGAGAUGAAGGCUGAUAUCAAUGCCAAGAAGGAAGAUAUGAUGUUCCACAAGAUUUACAUACAAAAACACGACAAUGUCAGCAUACUGUUUGCAGACAUAGAGGGCUUCACCAGCUUGGCGUCUCAGUGCACGGCCCAGGAGCUGGUCAUGACGUUGAAUGAGCUGUUUGCCCGCUUUGACAAGUUGGCCUCGGAGAACCACUGCCUUCGUAUUAAAAUCCUUGGAGACUGUUACUAUUGUGUGUCAGGGCUGCCUGAGCCGCGGGCUGAUCACGCUCACUGCUGUGUUGAGAUGGGAGUAGACAUGAUCGAGGCUAUCUCCCUGGUGAGAGAGGUGACGGGCGUGAAUGUGAAUAUGCGGGUGGGCAUCCAUAGUGGGCGAGUUCACUGCGGGGUGCUGGGCCUUCGCAAGUGGCAGUUUGAUGUCUGGUCCAAUGAUGUGACGCUUGCCAACCAAAUGGAGGCCGGGGGGAAGGCGGGGCGUAUCCACAUCACCAAAGCUACACUGCAAUAUCUGAACGACGACUACGAGGUGGAGCCGGGAUUCGGAGGAGAGAGGAAUGCAUACCUGAAGGAGAACAACAUUGAAACCUUCUUGGUGCUGGGCUGCAGCCAGAAGAGGAAAGAGGAGAAAGCCAUGAUGGCCAAGAUGCAGCGAGCACGUGCAAAUUCUGCUGAGGGGUUGAUGCCACGCUGGGUGCCCGACAGAUCCUUCUCCAGGACUAAGGAGUCCAAAGUCUUCAGGCAGAUGGGCAUUGAUGAAGCGUCAAGCAAAGACAACCGCUGCACUCAGGAGGCCUUGAACCCUGAGGAUGAGGUGGAUGAGUUUCUUGGACGGGCCAUAGACGCACGUAGCAUCGACCAGCUAAGGAAGGAUCAUGUCAAGAAGUUUCUACUCACAUUUCAGACUGCUGACCUUGAGAAAAAGUACUCCAAAAAGGUUGAUGAUCGUUUUGGGGGCUAUGUGGCCUGCACACUCCUUGUUUUCUGCUGCAUCUGUGUCAUCCAAAUUAUCAUUUUCAAAUUACCACCACCUAUGAUUGGCCUUUACAUCACCAUCUUCAUCAUCCUUGCCAACAUUUUCUUCAUCUGUGCCAUCUACUCCUGCAUCAAAAUCUUCCCAGCUGCCUUGCAGACCUUAACCAAGAAGAUCGUCCAGUCUCGUGCAAACAGCACACUGGUGGGCGUUCUUACCAUCCUGCUUCUCUUCAUUUCCUCCUUUGCUAACAUGUUUACCUGCAGCAGAGAGAAUCUGUACGACUGUUUGGUCAGUAAUCAGAACACAUCAGUGACUGACUGCCUGCUGUACAACCUGACCCAGACAGCAAAGGAUGGUUUGAUUCUGUGUAACAAGGAUGCCAGGCACUGCCAUUUCCCUGAGUAUUUUAGCUACAGUGUACUGCUGACCCUGCUGGCCUGCUCCGUGUUCCUCCACAUCAGCAGCAUCGGGAAGCUGGCUCUGAUGGUGCUCAUCGAGCUCACUUUCAUCCUCCUGAUCGAGUGGCCACAGGUCUUCCUGUUUAACAACUCAGACUUGCUGGUCCGUGCCAACACCCUGCAAUUAUCAACCUUUAAUAACUCCCUACCACGGCCUGGUUCCAAUGAAACUGCUGAACAGUGCCUGGAGACCGUGACCAAGGUGUCCCUGAAGAUCUUGACCCCCAUAAUCCUGACAGUGUUUGUCCUGGCUCUUUACCUGCAUGGCCAACAGGUGGAGUCCACCGCACGCCUUGACUUCCUCUGGAAGCUGCAGGCCACAGAGGAGAAGGAGGAGAUGGAGGAGCUGCAGGCGUACAAUCGCCGCCUGCUUCACAACAUCCUGCCAAAGGACGUAGCUGCCCACUUUCUAGCACGGGAGCGUCGGAAUGACGAGUUGUACUACCAGUCAUGUGAGUGCGUCGCAGUCAUGUUCGCCUCCAUCAGCAACUUUUCAGAGUUUUACGUGGAGCUGGAGGCUAACAACGAGGGGGUGGAGUGCCUGAGACUGCUUAACGAGAUCAUCGCAGAUUUUGACGAGAUCAUCAGUGAGGAACGGUUCCGUCAGCUGGAGAAAAUCAAAACCAUCGGCUCCACCUAUAUGGCAGCCUCCGGCCUCAACGACUCCACCUACGACAGAGAGGGUCGCUCACACAUCCUGGCUCUGGCUGAUUAUGCCAUGAGGCUCAGGGAGCAGAUGAAAUACAUCAAUGAGCACUCCUUCAACAACUUCCAGAUGAAAAUAGGGUUAAACAUGGGGCCGGUGGUAGCGGGGGUGAUUGGCGCCAGAAAACCCCAGUAUGAUAUCUGGGGGAACACAGUGAAUGUUGCCAGUCGGAUGGACAGCACAGGAGUGCCAGACUAUAUCCAGGUGACCACGGACUUAUACCACGUGUUGGUCAACAACGGAUACCAGCUCGACUGUAGAGGUGUUGUCAAGGUGAAGGGGAAGGGAGAGAUGACCACUUACUUCCUCACCAGCGGCCCCCCAGGUAGUUAACGCCGAGAGGGGAAAACCGCAGCGUGACUCCCACUGCACUGACACGACAGAGACUGCAGAGACACUGGGCGGUUAGCUCAGCUAUGAGCACCGCGGCACAGUGCGAACACAGCGGGGACAUGAGGACACAGGUCAACAGCGAGAAGCUCCGCCUGUCUGUAUGAUGUCACAGACUCUGACGCGCACAUGUAGGAUGACGUGAAGGCUUUUUCUCCCCAAGCUGCUCAAGAGAUCACGAAGCCCAGUUGCCUUAGAAUGGAAGUGGCUAUGCUUGUGUUUAUGAGCAAUAGUACAAGUAUUUCCUCUGGAGUCCUUAUUUAUUUUUGUUCAGAUGGAUUUUGUGAUGAAAAAAUCAAUAUAUCAGCAAAAUAUGUUACUUAAAAGAAAAUAUGCAAGGACAACAUGAAGGAUGAAAAUGACCAAAGAACAAAUGUUUGAUAUGAUACAAACACUAUUCAUUCUGUUUGAAGUACAGUGACCUUAACUAAUUUAUUCAUCUUUUCACAAUAAAGGCCACGGCAAUGUCACUGUCAGUGAUAGCGACAAACACUUUUUUAUGGUGGACUUACUCAUGAAGGAGAACACAGGCACAUGCGCACAUAUGCAGGUAAAAAACACUCACAGUAACCUUGGCUUGGACUUCCUUGUUUGUUAUCAGGGCCUUUUUUUGUUUGUUUCUUCCAGCCUGUGAUUAGACUACGAGGCUGUUUAUGUUUCACUGAAAUGUACGAAUGACUUCCUGCUCCCUCCAAUGUAGUUUUGGUUCCAAAACACCAAAAACGAGACAUCUGAUAUGAAGAGUUGCAUUAUUGUCACGGUACUGAAGAGAGAUUGUUAAAUUGUUAUGACAUGUUUUAUAUAAGUGUGUGUGAGUAGACAGUAUGAAUGGGUGCUUGGGUGUGUGAUUGUGUGUGUGCACAUAGCCGGAUGCUGAUGUUUAUCUAUAAGGGGGCAUACUGUAACUUUUCACUGUGAGGUUUUUAUGAUACUGUACAACAGUGCUUUCUUGCCAAACUGGUUGCUGCAGAGCAUGUUUUAUAUGAUUUCUCUGGAGCUGUGUGCCCAUUCCUGAUUUUUCUUGUGGCAAAAUGAAGAGAAUUACAUCUACAGGGCCUUUUACUGGACUGUGAUUUUGACUGAUUUCAUUCCGACCUAAAUAAGCAAAAAAGCCUUUAAAAACAUACUGUAUAUUUUCAAUUGUGUUAGAACGUGUGAACUUAAACUGGUUUCUGUAUGCAGGAUUCUUCUUCAGCUUACACUUAUUGCCUUGAGAUUAUGCAGUUCCAAGGUCCACAUGCUUCCUGGACCAAUAUUCACAACUUUACACAACAGUAUUUGACCCUUUAUGGUUGUGUUUGGCACAUGGAAGCUUGUAACCCCACAAAUUAAUAUUUUAAACAGUAUCCACAUGAAUGUAACAAUGUGUAUUUUUGUCCAUGAUGAAACUACUACUGAAGAAAACCACUUUUGCAUUGCCUUAGAUACUGAAGAAGGAAGUUAAAAUUGUUUUACUUGAGGCCAAAUUGAUUGAACUUCAUGUUUGAGAAGUGAACUUGUAUUUUAUAUGGAGUUGGGUAUUACACCCAGUGGUGAUAUGCUCAGUUUUCUCAUUGAGCCUAAAAAAACAAUGCAGCCCUUAUAGGCCACAUAUUUAUCCUCACUUUUACUCAUCCUUUCUCCCCCUUAUGAAAAAGGUUUGUUGCAUUUUAUUUAAAAAUGGCAACAUAAGCUCAAUAAUUGAUUUGUUUCAUUUCCCUUUGGAUUAUAAUUUAAUAAAUGGCUGUUUUGCAUU